GUAUCACUUUCAAGUUUCAACUAGGCAAUAAUUCACACAAAAAAGGAAAAACUGGAGAUUUGGUUUCCACCCUGUCAAUAGUGGAAGGAUUAAGGAAGGCACUAGAUCAGAGAGCGGAGUUUUGUUUGGUAGCAGAGCAAACAGGAUGAUAGAUAAGAGACGAAGAUACUUGUUAAAAAUAUUGAUAAAACUCUCCUAAAAAGUUGUGGCUGCAAUUCCCUCGUAGCCCCACUCUCUCCACCAAUCGUAUUCACUCCCCUCUUUCGCUCUUUCUCAACCAAAUGGUCUGCCUUUUGCCUUUUACUACUGCGCCUUGCCCUGCUUUGAUACUCCCAUUAUUAACUCCAAGAUUCAUUCGGUAUUUAAUUCUUCAGCACACGUUUGUAAUUAGGCGUUUUCGGAUUCCGAUGUGAAAAGGGAAGAUUUUUAAGCUGAGAAUUCUGCAAUCAAGCGCCAAUUGAAUUAUGGUUCCUGGAUAGCACACCGAGUUUGUGUCCUUGUGUGUGAGUUAAUUUGGGGGUUUUUAUUGAUUGGAUUUAGUUGAGAAAGAUGGGAAUUCCCGGAGGUGGAUGUAGUAUAGUUUGGUUCAGGAGAGAUCUCCGGGUGGAAGAUAAUCCGGCGCUGGCAGCGGGGAUGAGGGCCGGGGCGGUGGUGGCUGUGUUUGUUUGGGCGCCGGAGGAGGAGGGGCACUACUUCCCUGGUAGGGUCUCUAGAUGGUGGCUGAAGAAUAGUUUAUCACACCUUGAUAGCUCUUUGAGGAGCCUUGGCACUCCCCUCCUCACUAAGAGAUCCACUGAUAGUGUUUCUUCUCUUCUUGAAGUUGUCAAAUUAACUGGUGCUGGCCAGCUGUUUUUCAACCAUUUAUAUGAUCCUAUAUCACUUGUAAGGGAUCACCGGGUAAAGGAAGUCUUGACUGCUGAAGGCGUUACUGUCCGUUCCUUCAAUGCAGACUUGCUCUAUGAACCAUGGGAAGUUCUUGACCAGGACGGUCGGCCAUUCAAUACUUUCUCAGGAUUCUGGGACAGAUGCCUCAGUAUGCCGUAUGAUCCUGAAGCUCCUCUCCUCCCGCCUAAAAGGAUUUUUCCUGGUGAUGUGUCGAGAUGCAAUCCUGACACGUUAGUAUUUGAAGAUGAGUCAGAGAAAGGAAGCAAUGCCCUUCUCGCUCGGGCAUGGUCCCCUGGCUGGAGCAAUGCCGAUAAAGCCCUAACAACCUUCUUAAAUGGACCCCUCAUAGAGUACUCCAAGAAUCGUCGAAAGGCUGAUAGUGCCACAACCUCUUUUCUAUCCCCCCAUUUGCAUUUUGGGGAAGUCAGUGUUCGUAAGGUUUUCCAUCUUGUUCGCAUUAAGCAAGUUCUUUGGGCCAAUGAAGGUAACAAAGCAGGUGAAGAGAGUGUUAAUUUGUUCCUCAAAAGUAUAGGGCUGAGGGAGUAUUCCAGAUACAUGAGUUUCAAUCAUCCUUACAGCCAUGAAAGGCCGUUACUUGGCCACCUCAGGUAUUUCCCUUGGGUUGUGGACGAGGGCUACUUCAAGGCAUGGAGACAAGGCCGGACUGGAUAUCCUCUGGUGGAUGCUGGAAUGAGGGAGCUAUGGGCCACUGGAUGGCUACAUGAUCGGAUACGUGUUGUAGUCUCGAGUUUCUUUGUCAAGGUUCUGCAGCUGCCUUGGAGAUGGGGAAUGAAGUACUUCUGGGAUACCCUGCUGGAUGCAGAUCUUGAGAGCGAUGCCCUUGGUUGGCAAUAUAUUACUGGAACAAUUCCAGAUGGUCGAGCAUUUGACCGCCUUGAUAACCUACAGAUUGAGGGUUACAAGUUCGAUCCAAACGGAGAAUAUGUUCGAAGAUGGCUCCCUGAACUUUCUAGAUUGCCAACAGAGUGGAUACAUCAUCCAUGGAAUGCGCCAGAAAGUAUGCUACAAGCUGCUGGAAUCGAACUUGGUUCGAAUUACCCUCUUCCUAUAGUCGAAAUAGAUGCUGCAAAAGCUAGGUUGGAAGAAGCACUUGCACAAAUGUGGCAGCAGGAAGGGGCUUCACAAACUGCAAUCGAGAAUGGAAUGGAAGAGGGCCUUGGGGACUCGUUUGAAUACACUCCUAUUGCAUUCCCUCCAGACACAGACAUGGAGAUGGACAAUGAACCUAUCAGAAACAAUCCUCCAAAUGCAGUCAUUCGCCGCUAUGGGGAUCAAAUGGUACCAAGCAUGACCUCUUCUUUCAUCCGCGUUGCAGAUGAAGAGACGUCAGUUGAUCUCAGAAGCACAGGCGAUGACAAUAGAGCUGAGGUCCCUUCAAAUGUAAACCCUGCAGAGGAGCCGAGAAGAGAACGACGCGGCCAAGCUAUAAUCCAGACAGGUAGAACGAAUGAUGGUUUCCUACAAUCCAAUUUCGCAAGAGGUCGUAGAAAUUCUGAAGAUUCAACAGCAGAGUCAUCCAGUACCACUAGAAGAGAGAGAGACGGCGGGAUUGUCCCAGUUUGGUCCCCUUCGAAUUCCACAUACUCUGAUCCAUUCCGAGGUGAAGAGAACAGCAUUAGCACCAGUUCGUCUUACUUGGCUAGGCAUCCACAGGCUCAUCAGCUAUUCUGAAAGGCAGCUUUCUCAAAAUGGAUCUGUAAACGAGAUUCUACUCGCUGACAAGGCCUGUUCAUAAUAAUUGUCUUGUUAUUAAAUAACCGGGAAUGGUUGUUGAAGGAUUCGGGCAAAUGGAGGGCUCCCAAGAGGUAAGAGGCUCGCGAUCGCCUGUGCUGUUUGUAACACUGUGAUCAAAGUGUGCAACUAUUUCUAAUUUGGUAGGUUACAAUGUAUAGUAUAUAUAUCUAAAUAUAUUGUUCCAGAGUUAUUAUUUGGUCGUAUAUGAUGAUAUGAAGGUGUAGUAUAAAAGUGAGAUAGACAGACUGUUAUCUAUUCCUCAUGUAUAUACUCAGGAUAUGUUUUUUUGUAUUAAGCUGCCACAUUUUAUCUUCA